AUGAGAAGAGUCGUCGUCACCGGCCUGGGAGCCAUCACACCUCUCGCCGCCGGCAUCAAGCAGACAUGGCGGCGAUUGAUCGACUCGGGAAGCGGCAUCGAGUCAACUUCCUCCAAAGGCCCCCAAUUCGACACACUCCCUAGCCGCGUUGCUGGCCUGGUUCCGCUGGGAAGCCGCGAACAGGGACGAUGGCAGGCGAAAGACUGGCUGCCCGCGAGCGAGGAGAGACAGAUGGCCGUAUUCGCUCAGUACGCAAUCGCUGCUGCUCAAGAAGCGUUGGAAGAUGCCGGGUGGCAUCCGACCAAGCAAGACGAUCUGGAGGCUACGGGUGUGACUAUUGGUUCAGGUAUCGGCAAUCUGGAUGAAGCCUACAGUACUUCGGUUGCGUUCCAUGAGUCUGGGUAUCGAAAGGUUUCGCCUCUGUUCGUCCCCAGGCUGCUCAUUAACUUGGCUGCUGGUCAUGUUUCGAUCAAGUAUGGGUUCAAAGGCCCCAAUCAUGCCGCUACGACUGCUUGUACUACGGGACUGCAUGCUGUUGGUGAUGCUUCAAGGCUGAUUCAAUUUGGAGACGCCGAUGUGAUGGUUGCUGGAGGAGCCGAAUCGUGCAUUCAUCCCUUGGCAAUCGCCGGCUUUGCGAGAGCUCGCAGCCUGGCUACAGAGUGGAAUGAUAAUCCAACAGCAGCCUCGAGACCUUUUGACCGGGAUCGGGCUGGUUUUGUGAUUGGAGAAGGGGCUGGAGUGGUUGUUCUUGAGGAACUCGAACAUGCCAGAUCCCGCAACGCGAAUAUCUAUGCAGAAAUCAAAGGCUACGGACUAUCUUCAGAUGCCUACCACAUGACGGCUCCACAGGAAGAUGGCUCUGGGGCAUACUUGGCGAUGAGACAAGCAUUGAAGCAUGCUCAGAUCAAGCCGUCCCAGAUUGACUAUGUGAACGCUCAUGCAACCUCCACACGCCUUGGGGAUGCUGCCGAGAACCGUGCGAUCAAGAGACUUCUGCUUGGCCAAGAUGUCAAAGAGGAUGCCUCUCAAAUUAACAUGAGCAGCACAAAAGGAGCCAUUGGCCAUUUGUUAGGCGCGGCUGGAGCGGUUGAAGCUAUAUUCACAAUUCUCGCCGUCAAUCACAACGUUCUUCCGCCGACUUUGAAUCUCGAAAACGCUGGAGACCCACCCGAAGAUUUCGACUGCAAUUACGUACCAAAUACCGCUCAGGAACACAGUGUCAAUGCCGCUCUGACGAACAGCUUUGGCUUUGGUGGCACAAAUGCAAGCCUCUGUGUGGCCAAAUACCACAACUGA